UAUUCUUCUCGUUACACAGUAACGAUAGUCAGCUUUCGAGUCAUAGUCAAAGUUCACUCACACUCCCACCACCAACAGCGACUGGGGUUGCUGUCACUCAUAUGAAUAGCAGCAACAAUACCGGCAAUAGCAAUAACAACUAUGAGCUGUCUGCCGCAAGUGGCAACGGUGGUAUGCUGCUAGCUCCCGUACAAGGCUCCAUGGCGCCUGGCGCUGCUGACAGUUCGGCAACGCAUCAAUAUGAUGGUAAUAAUGCAAAUGCUAUUAUUACCAAUGCUGCACAUAAUAUUACGAGCAAUCACAAAAAUAAUAACUUGCCUCCUACCGCAGGCAAUAAGGAGAACGCCAAACCAACGGAAUUUGCUGUGCGACGUCCGCAGAGUUUCACUUUGCUAAAUACAUACAAGCAAAAUUGGAAGACGGCCAACAAUCACUUUCAACGAUACUCAGAUGUGAAACCGCGUGAAGAACGCCGUCCAACGGUUAUUGAUUUGGCAAAUCAGUCCAAUGUAAUGGGCAAAAUUAAUGGUUGGAAAAUCUAUCAUUUAAGUUCACAAAUGGAGGAUUUGUGUGAGAAUGAAUCGAAUGGGUACGAUCAGUUGAGCAAUAUGUUGAAGCAAAUGGAAACGCAUGAGAAGAAUCCGGAAAUUGAGCGCAUUAACGAACUGCUUAAGGGUAACAUACAGCGUAGCAAAAUAAUAGUCGAUGGCAUACAUGAAGCACAAAAUCAGAUGAUGAAAAUUUUUGAGCAUAAAUCGCACAUAUCGGAUAUAUUACAUCGGUGCGCUUCGAAACGUAAUUUUAAGAAACGCGAGAAAUUUUAAAACGGCAUAAAUCAGCAUUUGUAAAAAUCUUACCGUUCUAUAUAAAUUCUUAGAUUUUAUUAUAUUGUAAAUUAAUUAUUAAGUUAUAUACUAUCUUUACGAAUGUACAUGCACAUACAUAUAUAAAUGUUUUAUUUGAAAAAUUUUAAAACAAAAAAAAAAUAAGCGUUUCUCGGUUCUUCUAAGCUACGUACAUUAAAUACUAGUUGUGUUAAGAAAUAUUCCGCUUAUAUUAAACACGUGAAGAAAGUUACCAUUUCCACAAAGAAAAGAACGAACUAAAAUUAGAUGUGCUCAAUUUUCUUUUCUGUCGUGAGUUAAAUGCAUUUGCACGUAAAAACUACAAAU